UUGAGCUCACACCAUUAUCAGCUCGACUGCUGCACUGAAGAGAUGCAAAACUCAAAGUUUUACUGGUGGAAAACUCCUGACAAGAAGCAACACCAAGAGGGCUGAAGCCUAAUUAACUGGGAAAUACUGGGAUAUCAACUAAACGGUGACAUGGUUGACCUCAUGCCAGGACUACUCAUUUGUUUGAUGGCAGUGCAGACCAAUCAGCAUGAUGGAAACAAAAACAGGACCAAAAUCCAACCUAACACAGUAAAUCCAAGGACCUUUAAGGGCGACUAUAAUGACACAGGCACAAACUUGCAUGUGAAGCCAGAGGAUCCAGUGACAGCCUAUACCACAGGGGUGCUCAGCACCUGGGUCAUACCCUCAUCAUACAUCCUGUCUAUGCUGGUGGGCAUCCCCUCCAACUGCUACAUUCUGGCCUUUCUCAGAGUCCGACUCAGAGCACAGUCAUUUUCCACAGUCGUUCUUCACCUGAACCUGGCGCUGUCUGACUUGCUGCUCCUGCUUUCCCUUUCGCUGCGUGUUCACUACCACUUCAAUGGGAACAACUGGAUAUUCGGGGAAACCUCCUGCCGGCUGAUUACGGCUUUGUUUUACGGUAAUGUUUACUGCUCAGCUCAGACCAUCGCGUGCAUCAGUCUGAACAGCUACCUCGCUGUGGUCAAACCAUUCUUGUACAGGAGGCUUGCUACGAAAACACUGGCGGUGUGGACGUGCUUGGUUAUAUGGCUCCUGUUCGGGGCUGCUGUUGUGCCUGAGCUCCUUGUCAGGCAGAGUUACAACAUCCCCCAGCUGGGGAUCACAACAUGUCAUGAUGUACUUCCCCUAGUUGAAAAAUCACACUCCCAUCUGGUGCCAUAUAGGUUGAUGCUUAUCUGUCUGGGCUUUAUAACGCCCUUCCUCUUUUGUAUCUAUGCCCAUGUGGCUGUAAUUUACCAUCUAGGUCAAAGUGCUUGUGACUGGAAGCCAUUUAUCAGAGUCAGCACUCUGGUUUUCAGCAUCUUCUUGGUGUGCUUCUUGCCCAGCGGCGUCCUGCAUAUGGCCCACUACAUCCGCCUGUUUUCCGGUGGGGACGACAGCCUGUAUGGAUACUUUAGAGUAGCUGUGUGUCUCUGCUGUUUCCACAGUUGUCUUGAUCCCUUCCUGUGUAUGCUUAUUUCCAAGACGGCAGCUUCAGAACUACAAUUUAUUUCUCUCCGCGAGAUAUCUCAGAGACAAGCAGUUAUGACGUGAUACUGGACAUGUAUACAAAAAAAA